GCGCGGGUUUUAUAUGGUGGGAUUUGGGGCAGGGGUUGGGGCACUUGCUCCGGCGUUGGGCGGCGAGAUCCGAGGGCACCGGGGGAGCGAAAGGGGAGCACGCACCGGGGGUGCCGGCAGCAUUGUGCGCGGCGCGCCGCCUGACCCGCGCCGUCACGUGACGCGCCGUGCUCGCGACUUCCGGGGGCGGCCCGCUAGCGGGCAAGAAGUCCCCGGUGCUUCUGCCUGCUGAUCUGCCAGCGGUCUGCCACGCCGCGUUCCUAACCCACAAUGUUUAGGGAGUCCACCUGCCGUUUUCUCGCGGCCCCAUCUCGCCCGCCCUUGUCUCGAUUCUUUUUAUUUUGUCUCUAGCCUGGGCCUGGGAUCGCGGCGCCUUUUCUUUUUCUCUGGCCCCACGUCUGACAUCAUCAUCCGCUAGUUUCCGAGCCAUCCGCGCACUCCGAGAAGUCCGAAAUUGCAUAGGGCCAGGCCCCACAAUUGGAGGCCUGCUGACUAAAGCCACCGCACGAAAAGAGGAGCCAUGACGGGAAGAAAGAGAGUUUGAAAAAGA